AUGGCAUCCAUCAUUGAUAGCGUCAAGAAUACCAUCGCUGAGAACUUUGGUGGCCCUGCUAGUCAACUUGCCACCCACCAAUUCUCACUCUCAGAAGUCCCCGACCUCUCUGGAAAGGUUGCUGUUGUGACUGGCGGCAGCGAAGGCAUCGGUUACGGAGUCACCCACACUCUUCUCGAUCACGGCAUCAGUAAAAUCUUCGUCCUCUCCCUGUCAGAUGAGGUCGUCAAGGGUGCUAAAAAGUCCGUCGCUGAGGAGUUGGGCCAAGAGAAGGCCGAUCGCACAGAGUGGAUCCAGUGCGACUUGAGCAACUGGGCUGAGGUGAAAAAGGUCGCCGAACAGAUCAAGAAGUCUACUGACCGCUUGGAUAUUCUCGUCAACAAUGCUGGCCGUGGAAUCAUGACGUACCAGCUGUCGUCAUAUGGCGUUGAUCUGCACUUGGCCAUUAACCAUUUCGGACAUGUUCUUCUUACUUCCUACCUGCUUGAGCUUCUCAAGAAGACGGCUGAGCAGCAUGGCACAGUGAGAAUCGUGAACCAGGCAUCUAAUGCUCACCAGGGUGCGCCCAGUGAUGUCAAGUUCGAGAGUUUGGAUGAGCUUAACCAGGAUCUUGGACCUAACCCCCAGUAUGGUCGUUCCAAGUUGGCCAACAUCUUGUACACGCGAUACUUUGAUCGUCAUGUUACCAAGGGUGGAUAUCCCAAGGUCUUGAUGAAUUGUUCCCAUCCUGGAUUCGUCAGCACUCGACAGAGCACUGAGCUCAUCCACGAAGCAUACCCUCUCGCCGGCUACGCCAUGUCCGUCGGCAUGGAGCCUUUUAAGAAGGACCAGUUCCAGGGCGCUACUAGCUCUAUCUACGGCGCAACUGUCACAGACAAGUCGGGACAGUACAUCUGUCCUCCUGCUGUGCCAGAGCCUGGUAAUGAGAAGUCGCAGGAUGAACAGCUUGGCGAGCAGUUGAUGGAGUUGACAAGAAAGAUUGUCAGCGAGAAGUUUGAACAAUUUGACGACAGGAAGUUUUAUUAG